GCGUUACCGUCACCACUACCGCCACCAUCGCCACGUACACACACAGCCAACGGUGAUAGCCGUUAAUCGCGUUGUUAAUGGGGGCGUAGCAGAACGAAGACGUGUAACCGCCCAAUGCCCGUAAUCGUCCCCGGCUACCAUUGCACUGAAGAAUCCGAUGCACGUCGGCGUUGCGUUUAUCUUCUGACACUGGAGCUCUGGCUAGCAUAACAAGACAAUGUCACCAUUAGUAUGGAUAUUCACCGUACUGUAUUCGGUAUUUGGUGCAACUGAUCCAACCAUAAACUAUAGACUGCUUGAAUGCUUUGAUUUUAAACGGAAUUUUUGGCUUGUCGGAUAUGCAUUUCACACUUCAUCAGUAGAGUUCAAAGAUGAGUGUCUGAGGCUAUGCCUUUCUGCCAUUAUACGCGGAUCACCUUGCAAAUCUGCAAUGCACAUUCCUGGUGAAGAGCAAUGUGUGAUUUCGGAUCAAGACCAGUUGACGAGACCGGAUUUGUUCGUUGAGAAUGACGCACACACUACAUUCACAGUGAAUUAUUUUAGAAAUACUUGUGUGGAUCCUCCUUUAAAAGAUGGUGGACGACUUGAAGCUCGUUUGACUGGAUUCCGUGGCGGCGAAGGAAUUCUCGAACUGGCUCAGCAGAAGGGAAGCAACCCUAAGCUUCUCGCUAUAAUGACGGGUUUGCAAGAGAAUAAGAACUACCAUCUGAUCUAUGUUCCGGACAUCGAAUUGUCUUCUUGCUAUAAAUCUGGUUUGCUAAACGAGCACAAGGGCAAGAAGCUUAUCACAGUUGAUAGUGAUAAUCGAGGGAUGGCUAUCCAGCCUUGGACAGAAAUCGACUUUCAUAUUCUCGAUGAUGCAGUGAUUGACAAAGUCGUUAUCGUCGUCGAAGCCGAUACGACGAAUGUGGUUGACUGUGGCAAAUUGCAAAUCCAUGGAAAUGUUUCCGACUGGGAACGUGCGAUGAACGGCGGUCUCAACACGAUUCGGGUGACAAUUGUACAUGCAGUUAUCAUGUUGUUUAUAACAAUCUUUCUUGUAUGAAUCUUACCCUCUCU